AUGCCCUUCCCGAAGCACUCCUGCAAACGCCCCUACUGUUGGUACAAACAUACCGAGGACGGGCGACGUUUGUUUGGAUACUCCUUCCCGCCAUUGUGGUCGUUACAACCAGACCCAACAGGUGCCCAAAAUGACAUUCAGUCCACCUUGUUAGCGACGCAAGUUGCAGACCACACCAAAAAUCAGCCCUUCCAAGAGCUGGAGUGCAUCAACAAGAAGAUCGAAAUGGCCCAGUAUGAAGUAGAGCAGGAGCGAAGGAGGCUGUCAUGCUACCGCGCGGCAGAAUUAAUCACCCUCACGGAGGCAAAAGGCAAAAAUUCAAAUAGCUGUAAAUAUGUUCAUCGUCUGAGUAUCAAAGCACCCUCCCCUCAAUCCACAAAGUACGUGCUUGACAAGUCCAAGCCGAGGACCGACUUGGAAUACGAUCCUAUGUCCAACUUCACAGCUGAAUUUGGGUCAUACAAGUCAAUUAAUAAGGCGUUGAAAGGAAUCACACAUCAGGGUGAUGUAAAAAAGCCAGUCAGCCAUCAGGUGGCGCCGUACCACUCUCUGUCCCCUGGGAUACAAGAUGACAACGACGCUGAUGACCUCCUGAUACUGGACAGACCAGCCUUGCCUGGCAGGAGUUCAUCUCAAACUUGCUGUGAUCCUGAUACUCACUUAAAACCAGUCCAGGAGAAAUCCUGCAUCAAGGACCGAGAAGCUUCUGCUGCAAAUACGAUUGACCUGACUGAGUGUGUGGAAAAGAGUCCUGAUCCCAAAGCUUGUAUUUCUCAAUCCGCCGAAGAUGAAACCAAACGAGAUGCCAUUUCGGACAAGAGCAACCAGCGGUUGUGUGUGGAGGCUUCAAAGUAUUUGUCAGCGGUGCGGCAAACCACUGAGUGCCAGCCACCCAAGAAGAGUGGUCAGGAAUCAAGCUGCGCUCAAAUUGACAGCCACCAGGUGUCGGCAGAGGCCUCAUCUCUCAAGGAGCCUUUGUCAGAAAAAGCAGCCAAUGAAGAUGUCAUCGUCAUCGAUUCCAGCUCUGACGAGGAUGAAGAAGCGAUGGCUAUGGAGCUGUCGGACAGCGACCCUGUGGAGGAGUGCUACCGCAUCUUCAUGGAGGCAAACAACCAGCAACAUGCUGUCCAGCAGCAGCCGGAGGUGCCUAUGGAAACAAACGAGUCGGCGAAACCCAACAAUCCUGACCUUCGGGCCUUCCAAUCCCAAGAACUGCCACCAAAGAAGAGGAUCGCGCAUGAGUUCAGAGACGCGGAGCUUGCAGCGGUGAAAAGGAGGCCACAGCCUAAGAUUCUGGUUCCACUACAAGAACCAGUGAAACCAUCCCCGGCCUCUCAGCUCGUCGUCGUCGUCGUGCCCAAGACUCAACAUGUCCAGCAGAAGGCGGGCAUUUUGACAGCUGACGUGAACGGAGCCCAAGUGUUCCCCUCGUCCGCCGCUCAAAGGAAGCAAGAGAGAUGGCUCGUAGCCACUUCUUCUUCAACGCCUUCAGUAGCGACUGCUAGCAUGUCGCCCGCUCCUCAACAGAAAGCGUGUGUCAACAACAUACCUCCAGGCUCCGCCAUAAUCAACGUGGGCGUCAACUUGCAUCUGAUCCUCCCUCAGGGCACCCUGCCUCUCAACUCCACCUCUGUCCUGACCCCCAUCACUCAAGUGCACCUUGGCUCAGACAAAACGUGA